AUGAAAAAUGAUACAACAAAUGGACGACAAAAUCCGCCUGAUCCUAUGUAUAGUACGAUCAACAACCCACGGAUUUCACCUCAGCCUAGCCUUAAUGGCUCGCCCACCCAUCUACACACGGUCUCCCCCUCUGACAUCUCAUCGUCGACAUUGUCACAAUCUGCCAAACCCGUACCAAUUUUCGGCAAUUGGGCUCGUAUAGCCCGAGGAAAGCCAGUAACCAUUUUUGAUGAUGCUUCUGCAAAAGCAGAAUUAGCCCAGCAAAAGGCAAACCAAAUGUGGAUUUCGUCGAAUGAAGACAAUGCUGUUGUUUUUGACAUCACAGAUAGUGGCUUAGACGCUGCCCAGUUUUUUCAGGCCCUAAAGUCCCAGUACCCUAGCGUAGUAGGGGCCCUGGGUCAAGACCGUAGAGAUAGAAAUAUAGCAAUUGUUUCAUUUGACACUAUUGAAGAUGUGCCCAGGGCUUGUUCAGAGGGCGUUGUCGUUGGACACCAAACUCUCUUAGCCACCCCUACAUUUGGCGGGGAUAGCAACAUCCUUCGCGUACACCUUGAUAAGUUGCCUCUCCGCAGGGCAGAUAAAUUAGAGCCUCGAGUUCAAGAAGUCAUGGGCCUUUUCGGUCGAGUGAUUCAUAUUGGUCUUUAUAUGGACCCUCAGUUUCAAUUGUUUGGGGGCAAAGGCUUUGUCAUGUUGGACACUGCUCCAAAGGAAGGGAUUGAAUACAUUCCCCUAACACACAAGAUUGACUUUCGUGGGGAACGAGAGAUUUAUGCCAAGUGGCAGAACAUGCCUGUGGCAUGCAAUUAUUGUCAUGGAGAGGGCCAUAGGAAAGCAAACUGUGAGAAGAGGACGAAGAGCCCUCGCCUGUGCUAUGGUUGUAAAAAGCCAGGCCACAUUCGGGCACAAUGUCCUGAUGAAACAAUUGAGAAGGAACGUAAGCGUCAACGCCAAGAAGAUCCUCAAGUUAUCUCACCAGAGAAUGGAGGUAACAACCGCCAGCUUGAAAAAGAACUGGCCCGUCUAGUCAGAGAAAAUGCGAAGAUGCAAGAGGCACUUGUGCAAAGUGAAAAUGCACUUGAGGACAAGAUUGCCCUCGUUGAAGAACAACAAUGUCGUCUCGAAGGUAUAACUGAGAGUAGCGAAAUUACAGUCGGACCGACUACAGAAGCACAAGGAGGAAUAGCAGGUGAUGAAGACACCAUAAUGACUAAUGAAGCUAUGGCCAACCCACCCAAGGCGACUGGCCGGAAGUCCCGACUGAGAAAUGAUGUUGACCCCACUCUCAUCAUUAAUGGUAAAAGAAACCGAAACAACAAACCCACCCAAGGACUCUUCCCAGAUCCUUCAACUGUCCACAAGACCAUCGUCGCUGAUGGUUCAGGGCAGUAA